GCCCUGUCAGGCAGAUGUUUAUGUAAUUGUAAACAGCUGUGCGACUGGGAAAAUGUUAAAUUCAACUCUCUGCCGCUUCGCUGGAGUUUCCUUGCGAAACCUGAAUCAACUGACACCCACAAUUACUAGCCUAGGACACAUCAACCCCAGAGCAACCAUGUCCCAGGACGCAGCACAGUAUCCUCCCAUUGAGUCGGCGAUGCGAAAGGCUCUUAACUCGCAGCUGAAGCCGGUGUACCUGGAGGUCAUCAACGAAUCGCCUCAGCACAAUGUUCCUAAGUACUCUGAAUCCCACUUUCGGGUGUUUGUGGUCUCAGAAAAGUUCAACGACCUGACGCUGAUUAAGCGGCACCGCCUGGUGAAUGACACGAUAAAAAAUGCUCUGAAAGAGGCAGGAUUUGAAUUUAUGCAUGCUCUUUCCAUUGAGGCCAAGACGCCGAAACAGUGGGAGCCCGAGCAGGCGCCAGAGAAGAGUCCGCCUUGUUUGGGAGGCCAUGGAAAGUAAUAGCGAUCUAUCUAUGUACAAAGGAAAGACUUUACUAUACACAAAUCCAUCUUACACAAAUAUAACAAAAUCACCAAUGAAA